AUGGAUGGCACUACAUUUGACAACGAUGAGGAACACACUGCUGAAGUCAAUGUCCUCACACGAUCAGCAGCGCGAGCACGCACGACAACUGACGAUAAGCGCAUUACCAUCACAACAGAUACAUCUCCUAAUCCAGGAACAAAUAAAAAGUCUCGGCAGCUUCGUCCAAGAAAUAAGACAUUUACCUACCAGGCGUCAAACAAUUUAGUACCCUCACAAUCAUCAACAAUGAAACAACAAUCGUCGAGCAAUCCUGCUUCAUCAUCAUCCCUGCUGUUUGAUUUUGAUAUUAAAACAUUGAAAGAUGAACAACGUCACGAUAAAUCAAUUCAAGAAAAAAUUAAUCAUAUAAAGCAGAAUCCACAGACAACUUUAUAUGAAGUAGUUGAAGAUACUUUAUAUAAAAUUGUAUUAAGAGGUGGGCAAAAGCGAAGUAAACUACCGUAUCUACCAUCAUCAAUGAUUGUAGUCUUUAUUUAG